AUGAAUCCCGCCCAGGGCCAGCAAGGCCAGCCGCAAGGCCAGCCUGGCGCGGCUCCACAGCAGCAGCAGCAGCAACAGCCGCAGCGGCCCGCCAUGUAUCAACCGCAGCAGAUCAGGAAUCUGCCCAUGCUGAGCGAGGACGAGAAGAACAAAUACGAGCAAGGCCUGAGGGGGCUGUGGAACAAGGCCAACAGCUCCCCGGCCGGGAGCGCCGACCAGAACGCCGCCAGGAUGAAGAUCAUCGAGUUCUCCCGGAUGCUGAUAUCGAAGAUCCAGCAGCGUCGCCAGGCUCAGCAGCACCAGCAGCAGCAACACAUGGCCCAGCCGGGCCAGCAGCAGCAGCAACCGGGCCAAACACCUGUCCGGCCGCCGUCGGCGCCGCAGCAGCCACAACAGCAGCAGCAGCAGCCGCGUCCCCAGCCGCCACAGGUACAGCCAGCCCAACAGCAACAGGCACAAGCACAGGCUCAGGCCCAGGCCCAGGCGCAGUCCCAAGCCCAGCAGCAGCAGCAAGUGAAACAGGAUCAGUCUGCGGCGGCGAAUGCCAACGCUGGCCAGAGCGGAGGCACCGCGGCCGCGGCUCCCACCCCGGCGCAGGCUGCAGCUGCCCCUGCGAAUGCCGCCCCGGCCCCCGCGCAGCGAUUAAAGUUUCCCGACCACAUUUUGCAACACAUGAAUAAGCUAAACAUCCGAACGCCGCCAAGCUUGGCAGGGAAGUCGCCGGCAGACAUAGCCAAGUGGACAGAGGAAAUGAAGGAGAGAUACGGACGAGCGCUGUGGACCAUGGAGAGCGGUAAAACCAAAAUGGGCCAAAUCGAGAAGCAUAUCAAGGAUAGAGCCGCCUCGAACAACCCUCUGAAGGAGGAGGAGGUCCGGCAGCUGCAGCAGCGCAAGGAGCAGCAGGCCAAGCUCUAUACGGAUGCACUCAAGUGGGUGGACAGCUUCAGGAAAUCUCAAGAGGCUCUCCAGGCCAAUGCCCAAGGAGGCCAGAGCGGUGCUGCGGGAGCUGCCGCGGUUCCUGCCGGACAACAAGGGGUCGCCGCCCAGGCUACGCCGACAGGUGCAGCCCCAAACAGGCCCCAGCCGCCGCACCAAGGAUCCGCUGGGACGCCCGCGAAUGCCGCGCUCGAGGCAGCGAAGAAUCAACAACAGAUGAAUGCCGCAAACCGAGCCUCUCCAGCCAACGGAGCUCCCGCGCCACCGCAGGCGCAGGGCCAGCCCCGGCCCGCGCCCCCAAAUGCUGCCCAGCCUGCCCAGCAGCAGCAGCAGCAGCAAGGUCAACCGCAGGCACAGAAGACGGAGCAGGCGCACCCGCCUCCCGUGAACACUGCCCUGGCGUCGACGAUGGCUGCGCAGGCGCAAGCGCAGGCACAGGCACAGGCGCAGGCGCAAACGCCCGGGUCGCAGCCGCAAGGAGCUACGCGAGUUCAGACGCCGCAGUCGUCGACACCAGUCACGGCCGCCGGGCCGACGCGAGCGCUCAGUCACUCUGCCGCCAUGUCGCUCGCAAACCAGAGAGCCGCCGGAGGCACUCCGGGCAGCGCGCCUGUUCAAGGCCAGCAGCAGCAGCAGCCUGGAGUCGGCACGCCGACCUCCGGGACUGGACCUAUGAAUGCCAGCGCCGUGCAGCAACAAGGCCACCCCCACGCACACCCAACGCAACAGGCAGGCAUCCAAGCCAAGAUGCCGAUCCCCAAGCAGCUCCCCGAGAAGGCCACGGCCGUUCCCCAGGGCGUGACCCUGGGAGGCGGAGUCAGCGCGGGGCGACCUACCAUGUCGCAGGGAACGGGCACGCUCGGCGGCGUGAUGAACCAGCCGCCCGUGGCUCGCGUCCCGGCCUACAACCACGACGCCGAAGGCGAUCACGUCCUCAGCAAGAAGAAGCUCGACGAGCUGGUCCGACAGGUUUGCGGGGGAACGGGCGAGGGCCAAGAGGGCAACCUCUUGUCUCCGGAUGUUGAAGAGAACAUCCUCAACAUGGCCGACUCGUUCGUGGACAACGUGCUCCACUCGGCCUGCCGCAACGCCAAAGAGCGCGGCUCCAAAGUGCUGGAGAUUCGCGACAUCCAGCUGAUCCUGGAGCGCACGUACAACAUCCGUGUCCCGGGCUACUCUUCGGAUGAGCUUCGCACGGUGCGCAAGGUGCAGCCGUCGCCAGGCUGGAUUGCAAAGAUGAGCGCCGUGCAGGCGGCUAAGGUGAUGCCGGGCAAGGGAGAGCUCUAA